AUGUCUGCUCAUUUACAACUGUUGCCUGUCGAUGUUGCACUUUCCAUUAUCAAGUUUCUGUACUUACCAGACAUACGCGCUCUCCGGCUUGUCUCGCGGGUCUUCGACGAUCUGAUUACAGACAACGAGGGUACCGUCUAUCACCAUGCUGCCCUCCUUCAUCAGUACGCCCCUUCAAUUCAUGAGAAGCUUUCAGACGUGGUAGAGGGAAGACCAGGACUCUGCUUGGAUGAAACAGCCAGCUGGAAGCUGCUCUGUCAACAGUGGUUCCAGCUAGACAAGAAUUGGACUGGGUCAGGAAGAGUGAAGACUACCAUAUUUUUCAAGCAAAAUAGGGAUGUAUCUAAUAUUCUCUCUGAUGAGAAGCAUGGUCUUCUCAUUACUGUACAUGCGGGAAACGCCUCAAGAGCGUAUCAGAAUAGCUGUCUGAGAGUGACAGAUAUCAAGACGGAGGAAGAGCUCUGGACUCUACCUUCUCCUCACGUCUCUAAUAUCUCCUACGUGUACUACAGCCACGGAUUCCUCAUCAUCGGUCGGUUUGGGGAUCGACUAUUGUGGGAAGUAUGGCGUCUGAAGUCAGAACUCACUCCUCAAAACACAUCCGUUGAUUCACCACCAGAUGAGGCGCAGUUUCUCGCCUUUCGAUAUGCAGAAGAACGCCAUCGCAGCACCAAGCGAGGCCAUUUUGCGCCAUGGGCCCUAUUGAGUGUACCUGAACCGACGAGUAUACACCGUUUCUUAUAUCCGACGUUUACUGCAGCAUCUUCUUUAAAAGCAUACUUCUAUGAUGUGUCAUCUGGAAGGCGUGUGCAGGUUUUUCCUGAUCUGCAACAGUUUCAUGGAGUCAGCCCUCAGCUGGGCCCUUUGCGAAGUGUAGACACGUCCACGCGGUAUCUGCUUGUGUGUGGGCACCUCGCGCUGCGUAUUUUUGAUCGUGAAACAGGUGCAAUGAUCCUCGGGUUGGGGUCCUAUAUGACCGAGUACUCAAAAGUCUCAGUCACGACGCAACUGGACCGCAGUGGAAAGACAAAAGAGAGCUUUAUUAUGCCGUUGCAACUCCCAGUGUCCAUCUCUUCUGCCGCCUCGAGACAUGCUACUAGCUGGCCAGCUUUCAUAGACGCACGCUUUUCCGGAACGAACCCCGAUCUUCUCAUAUUGCUUAGCGACAAUAGGCUUUUACUGUUGCAAAACUUUAUGCGUGUUGCGUGCGGACAGGUCUCGCUACAGGACGCAGUUCUGCAAAUCAAAAUCGAUGUCAAGGUGUUACCAGUGCCGCGAUAUGGACAUUGUCCUGUGAGCCUCGGUGUCGAGGAUAAUCGUAUCUGCAUCGUUUCUGUGUGCCAAUUCUCCUCAUAUCUGCUGGGAUCAUUCUGUGACUUAUAA